CUCCAUCUUCCUCCUAGGUGUCGUGUUCAGAAGUUCUGUCCUGAAGCUUUGAACACCGAGGACUACCCAGCCAUCAGUGGCACCUAAAAAAAUACAACAGCAGCUUUUAACCUCCAACUUUUUCCCCCACCAAGUGGACUAUCUCUCCAUUGUAAAACCUAACCCCGCACACUCACGUGUAGCGCCCUGACAACGCUACGGUCGCAAAGAGGCGACAGACACAAACGUCACCAUGAACGUCACCUCCCUGUUCUCCUUCACCAGCCCGGCCGUCAAGCGCCUCCUCGGCUGGAAACAAGGAGACGAAGAGGAAAAAUGGGCGGAGAAAGCCGUGGACGCGCUGGUGAAGAAACUGAAGAAGAAGAAGGGAGCAAUGGAGGAGUUGGAGAGGGCUCUGAGCUGCCCGGGUCAGCCCAGUAACUGUGUCACCAUCCCUCGCUCCCUGGAUGGAAGACUCCAGGUGUCCCACAGGAAAGGCUUACCCCAUGUUAUCUACUGUAGGGUGUGGAGGUGGCCUGACCUGCAGUCUCAUCAUGAGCUCAAGGCUCUGGAGUGCUGUGAGUACCCGUUUGGCUCCAAGCAGAAGGAUGUCUGCAUCAACCCGUACCACUACAAGAGAGUGGAUAGUCCAGUGCUGCCCCCAGUGUUGGUCCCGCGGAAUAGCGAGUUCAAUGCCAAACACAGCAUGCUACCACGCUUCCGCAACCCUCUGCACCAGAACGAGCCCCACAUGCCCCAGAACGCCACCUUCCCAGAGUCCUUCUCCCAGGCGAACACCCUGAUGAACUUCCCCCAGACACAGACACACUCCCCUGGGGGUAACAGCUACCCCGGCUCCCCUGGUAGUGGCAGCAGUGCAACCUUCCCCCACUCCCCCACCAGCUCUGACCCAGGCAGCCCAUUUCAGAUGCCAGGUGAGCCGCCAGGUCAGAUGCCAGAGACCCCUCCUCCAGCCUACUUGCCCCCAGAGGAGCGGAUGACUCAGGACUGCCCCCAGCCCAUGGACACCAACCUGAUGGUCCCCGCGUUACCCCUGGAGAUCAGCAACAGGCCAGAUGUUCAACCGGUGGCCUACGAGGAACCUAAACACUGGUGCUCUAUAGUGUACUACGAGUUGAACAACCGGGUGGGCGAGGCGUUCCAGGCCAACUCUACUAGCGUCCUGGUCGACGGCUUCACCGACCCGUCCAACAACCGCAACCGUUUCUGCCUGGGCCUCCUCUCCAACGUCAACCGCAACUCAACCAUAGAGAACACCCGGCGACACAUUGGCAAAGGAGUCCACCUGUACUAUGUGGGUGGUGAAGUGUAUGCUGAAUGUCUGAGUGACAGCAGCAUCUUCGUCCAGAGUCGGAACUGUAACUACCACCAUGGCUUCCACCCCACCACUGUCUGUAAGAUCCCCAGCGGCUGCAGCCUCAAGAUCUUUAACAACCAGGAGUUUGCUGAGCUGCUGGCCCAGUCCGUCAACCACGGGUUUGAGGCUGUCUACGAGCUGACCAAGAUGUGCACCAUCCGCAUGAGCUUCGUCAAGGGCUGGGGUGCAGAGUACCACCGCCAGGACGUGACCAGCACCCCCUGCUGGAUUGAGAUUCACCUGCACGGUCCUCUGCAGUGGCUGGACAAGGUGCUAACCCAGAUGGGUUCCCCCCACAACCCCAUCUCCUCCGUGUCCUAGACGAAACUGUCCCCAGGCCCCAGGGCUGUCCAAACCCAGCAUUUAAGUUCCAGUGGAGGGGAGGAUGGGUGGGUUUCAGGGUGGGGGUAAAUUCUAAUUGAAAUCAGUCAAUUCAGGAAGUAAACUGGAAUUUUAAGAGAAUCUAAAUUAAAAUAGGAAAUUCAGUUUAUUUACUGUAUUGACUGAAUUGAAAUGGAAUUGACCCCAACCCUGGGGGGUUUGUACUUGAGGGAUUAUGUCUGAAAUUGGGCACAUUGCAGACUGGGAUGUGUGGGGGGGACGAGAUAGAAGCAUCUGGAAGAUACUUGAUCUUUGUGACCAACUGUAAUAAUUAUCAAUCAGACUCAAAUCAUUAUAAACUAAUCAUCCAUUCAGCAUUACGCAAAGUAUCCUCCUCAUAUGGGGCCCAUAUUCAGAAAGAGUCUGAACGAGGAUCAGUUUGGCCUUUUAGAUCAUAAUGAUGGAUUUAUAUGGACUGGUGGGACCUGAACCUAGAUCAGCACUCUAAUACGUGAAUAUGGGUCCCUGAUCUUGUUCCGGCAGUUUUUCCUCUUUCUUUUCCCUUCCCUUCCCCUGUUUUUUGGGUUAACAUUGGAAACCCAUACAGCCAGUUUCAUGUGUUGCUACACCGAUAAUAAAUGUGUACAGAAUUGGAAGGAUUGGAAGACAACCAAUAUGGAUGAAAAAAUGUAGAAAUAUUAUGUUUCUUAUGAACAUAUUUAGAACCUAUGAAGAUACUGAGGUCAGUAAAUACAAAUGUCUCCCCCAGAACCCUAAAAAUGUAAUUUUUUUAGGUUUUGGGAAAUAAAAAGAGUUGAAGAAAAAGACCCCUACAUAAAAUCCCUUUAGAUUAUUUACAAACCCUGUCAUGAGGAGAAAUCAGGAGAGGGCAUCAGUGGGAGCGGGGCGGGAGAGUGAGGUGGGCAUUGUGGGAUUGUGCUCACAGGACAUAAGAUUUAAAAAAUUAUACAUAAAUAAAUAUUUCUCUUCUUGUGUUACACCCAUGUUACAACUGAAUUAAACAAUUUUAAUCGUGUUUUAGGCAUACUCAACAUUAGAGCAAAGUGCUGUGCAGUCGGUUUUGCAAACGCAUAGUUUGGUUUAGUGUAGCAAAUCACCGGUUGGCUUGUUUAGGUAGUGACUGAAGAAUGCCACUAAACAGAGAGAGAGAUAGGCACAAGCGUAUGAUAGUUCAGUUUGACCCUAGCUGUGCAUGGUACAGCCAAAAAACAAAAAAAACAAUUGUAGAGUCACAUAGAGCCCCACAGUGGAGGUGUCAUAAUACCCAUAAAACCUAGUGGUCAAACAGGGAAAUGGUUCCAAUCAUUUUUCCUGUAGGGGAUUUUAGAAACACUUCCAAUAAGGGCUGUGUUUUGUGUAGUCUUACCCUGGCGUGACGUUUGAUAACCGUGUAAAUCUCUCUAGGACAAGGUGACUUUUAUCAGUAUAUUACGCUAUUUACUCUCAGAUUUGUAAAUGUUAAUUAUCCUCAAAGUAAACAUCAUGCAAAACUACAAAUCCCUUCAAGCUCCUGCACGUCAUCGCUAGCUGAUACCUUUGCUAUCAGGUAUUGUCAAUUUAGAACUUGCACAAGACACUUAACAGAAUUGUUCAUUUAAAGAAAUGUAACCAAUUUAUUCAUUACUGCAUUUAGCUAACAUUAGAUAGUUAAUCCAGAGUUUCUUACCUUUUCCUCGAUUCGGCAUGCUCAUCCAGAUCAUCAUGGCAUUUAUAGUCCUUUAUGAUAGCCACAUUAGCAGCCAAUUAGCGUUUCAUUUUUGGGGGCGAAUAUAUUACUAACAGUCACCUUGUCCUAGAGAGAUUUACACGGUUAUCAAAACGUCAAGCCAAGGUAAGCCUUCAUGAAACACAGCCCUCAUUUGAAAUGUUUCUUAAAUCCCCUAUGGGAAAAAUGAAUGGUGGAAAAACGAUUGGAACCAUUUCUCUGUUUGACCGCUAGGGUUUAUGGAUAUUAUGACACAUUGUGUGGUAAUCUAUUGAGGAUAUAUCUCUUCUGUUACAUUCUCUGAUGGCAUCAACUCAGCAAAACUUACAAAAAGACAGUUAAUAAAACAAUGGCAUCCUUCAGAACUUGUUGACUGAAAAAUAAAUAUUAGUUUCACUGGUGAGUGAGUUACUGAUGGCCCUAAUACAUGAUUUGAUCAUUUUAUAAAAAUGCAUACUGUUUUUUUCUUUCAAUUAUUUUAGGCUUAGAAAACUCCAUCUGCUAUUACAAGUUGUAUUGAUUUUUGUAUUUUCUUCAAUAUGUUUUCUUGUCGUUUCUUGUUAUCUGCACUUUCACGCAUUGUUGCCUCUUCUCUUUGUUUUUUUGUUUCGUUUUUUCUGUUUUUGCUGAGUAGUACUCCCAGAAAGCAGUUUUAUUCCAUGAAUAUCAAGUCUCUACUGGAAGAUUCAAUAAAUAAAGUUGUUUCAUUA